AUGGCUUCCCAACCACCCACGCAGGCCCAGUUGAACCUCGCUGCUCUGGCCGGAUCCCCAUCACCACGGACGAUGCGAGGUCUGCGUAAAAUCCAAUCCCACCAGACCCUCUCCUCCAGCCCUUCGUUAGCCUCUUCUCUUCUUCCCAACACUCGUUCUUCCGCCGGGCCUGCGGAGCUCUCUCAACCGGCCCAGCUCGACUCCCCUGUUCGCCUUCGAACGCAUCGUCGCGCGAGAUCCAACAGUGAUGCUAGUUCCCGUGAUGCUCCCGCGAUUUCAUCCCAACGGCGCCCAGGUAGAAAAACUGGCUCAGGGUUUGGAGUCAAGAGAUCUCUUUUAGAGACCCUCCUGCGCGAUGGACCUCAGCAGGGGAAUGUCCAGGAAGCGCUACAGGAGUUGAGAUACUUGGUUCUAUCUACACGUGUGGAAGCAGAUGGUGAUGGCAUGUCAACGUAUCGGGUUUAUUUAUGGCUGAUCCUCCUUGAUAUCCCCCUUCUCCCAGCCGACGAAUACAUUUCCCUCAUCCAUCGAGGCCGUUCUCCUGCAUAUACCAAAAUCCGCAACGACACCUUUCGCACGUUGGCCACUGAUCCGCUGUUUAAACGCCGCGUUACAGAAGCAAGUCUAAUCAGGCUCCUCAAUGCAGUAGCCUGGAGACUCCACGAUGCCAAAUCCAAACACAAACUCAAGUCUCGGCCUUCCUCGUCCCGUCGACGAGAAAUGGAGCUUCUUAUCAACACUCCCCCAAGCAUUGCGGAGGAAGAACCCUCUGCUGACGACAUGACUCCCAGUAGCGCCUCCAACAACAGCCUUGCGGGUAGCCACGCCACAAACAGCCCGGGCAUCACUAGCGAGUCCGCAAUCUACGUGCAAGGCAUGAAUGUGCUUUGUGCCCCGUUUCUCUACGCAGCCCGCAGCGAAGCGGAGGCCUUUGCCCUCUUCCACACCUUUAUCACCCGUGAAUGCCCCGGCUAUAUCCGUGGCGCCAUGGAUGGCGUGCACCGUGGGCUCGUCCUCGUUGAUCGAUGUCUUGAAAUCGUCGAGCCGAAGCUCGCGGCUUACCUCUUCUCCAAGGGUCUCCAGGCAAAGCUGUAUGCUUUUCCUUCCGUUCUGACCCUCUGCGCCUGCACCCCCCCUUUACCCGAAGUACUUCAUCUCUGGGAUUUCCUUUUCGCCUACGGACCUCACCUAAACAUCCUGUGCAUUGUGGCGCAGCUGAUCCAAAUGCGAGACACACUUCUCAAUAGUCCAAGUCCAAACAAAAUCCUUCGGUCCUUCCCGCCCCUCGACGCUAAAGAGAUCAUCGCCCUGGCCGUCCUGAUCGUCCGUAAGAUCCCUGAACCAUUAUAUGCCGAGUUGAUCGGCCAUGCGAAAUAA